AUGGAAACUCAUCAGACUGCUCUUCCUUCCAAAUCACAUCCAAUUCAUCUAUCUAAAUCACUUGUUUCAAGUAUGGUCCAUCAAAUAAAUGCAAAUCACAUAACAGAAACUAAUGCUAUUGAUAGCAUAUGGAAGCUUGCUUAUAGUUACGAGUGUUUGUGGACAACCCCUUCGAUUGAGUCAAUGCAAUUUAAGUGCAAAGAAACCCUUUACAUGAUAUUAAGGUUAUUGAAGAAAAUUGUUGAAAUUGACGAAGAUGAAAGGGGAAAACAACAAACAUGUAAAUUAGCUUUCAGUAGUUAA